GAAGGGCAAAGAGGCUUCGCCGAAGCGAACAGGGCUGGCCUUGGGUGGGGGGCAGCGGAGGCGGACAGAAAGAAGUUUGCGGGAAGAAAGGAAAUUGUACAAAGAAUCCCAUCCAUGAUCCCACGUUACGUUUAGUUGCUAUGUCUCCUUAGCCUCCUCUGGUCUGUGACAGCUUCUCAGACUUUCCUUGUUUUUGAUGACCUUGACAGUCUUGAGGAGUACUGUUCAGACAUCCUUCUACGGCCGCUUCAGGCACUUCUUGGAUAUCAUCGAUCCUCGCACACUCUUUGUCACUGAGAGACGCCUCAGAGAGGCUGUGCAGCUGCUGGAGGACUACAAGCAUGGGACCUUGCGCCCAGGUGUCACCAAUGAACAGCUCUGGAGUGCACAGAAAAUCAAGCAGGCUAUUCUACACCCAGAUACCAAUGAGAAGAUCUUCAUGCCUUUUAGAAUGUCAGGUUACAUUCCUUUUGGAACGCCAAUUGUAGUUGGUCUUCUGUUGCCCAACCAGACGCUGGCAUCCACUGUCUUCUGGCAGUGGCUGAACCAGAGCCAUAACGCUUGUGUCAACUAUGCAAACCGCAAUGCUACCAAGCCUUCUCCUGCAUCCAAGUUCAUCCAGGGCUACCUGGGAGCUGUCAUCAGUGCUGUCUCCAUCGCUGUGGGCCUUAAUGUCCUGGUUCAGAAAGCCAACAAGUUCACCCCGGCCACCCGCCUUCUUGUCCAGAGAUUUGUGCCGUUCCCCGCUGUAGCCAGUGCCAACAUCUGCAACGUGGUCCUGAUGAGGUACGGGGAGCUGGAGGAAGGCAUCGAUGUCCUGGAUGGUGAUGGCAACCUCGUGGGCUCCUCCAAGAUUGCAGCCAGACACGCCCUGCUCGAGACGGCGCUGACGCGAGUGGUCCUCCCCAUGCCCAUCCUGGUGCUCCCCCCGAUCGUCAUGUCCAUGCUGGAGAAGACGGCUCUCCUGCAGGCACGCCCCCGGCUCCUCCUUCCCGUGCAAAGCCUUGUGUGCCUGGCGGCCUUCGGCCUGGCCCUGCCACUGGCCAUCAGCCUCUUCCCGCAGAUGUCAGAGAUUGAGACAUCCCAAUUAGAGCCUGAGAUUGCCCGGGCCACGAGUAGUCGGACAGUGGUGUACAACAAGGGGCUGUGAGUGGUGGCCAGCCGGCCUGGGGCGGGAGCAGGAUCCAGGCCGGGGGGGGGGAGUUGGGGGCAGGACGGAGGCUCUGGGUCUGGUCCGGAGCCACCUGGGGGAGCACUGGACCCACAGUGGUAGGGAGACUAAUCUAUUCACAUGUUAACAUACGGGAGAGGAAUUCUGACACAUUUCCUGUAAAAAACAAUCAAGUGCAUUUCUGGGCCUUACGUGGGGUUGUCAAAACUCUACUUAGCACAAUUAUGUGUGAAGCUGAAAAUUUGUAGAGUGCCCACUGGGUAGAAUUAGGAUCCUUUUAUACUUUGGUUUUAUUUUUUAUUUUUAUUUUUUAUCAGAAUCAAGUCUGAGCCUUGGUUGCAGCUGCCCAGACACAGCAGCUGACUGAUGGGGGCUGCAGGAGUAGGCCUGGGGGCUGGUUAGUUUGCAGUGGGGCAGGGAGAGUCAAGAGAUUCUGGUGGCCAGGCCCAGUGGCUCCCUGGGCUGGGCUGGGCUGAACUGGGGGCAGGUGGUGGGGAGGCAGUCUACACCUCACAGGAUGAACCAGCAGCUAUGACCGAGGUCCUCAGGAGGUGGCCCAGGGAGUCAGGAGCACUGGAGGCCUCUGCAAGAUUUUGUGGGUAGUUGGCUCUGAGCGUGGCUGGUCCUCAACCAUGCCACAACCUGCAGAACCAAUCCCUCUGCGUGAAACCCAGUGCGUGGGGCUGGGGUCACCCUUCGUGGAACCCUGCUGAUCCAUUCGAGGCCCCUGAAAUGACCCCAGCUCCAGGCAAGAAGCCCCAAGAAGAAAUGAUGUUUGGCUGGAAUUGUGGGCCUGCACUUUGACCUCUGCAGAAAGAUCCUCCUUGUAGUCACCAGGCUGGAAGCUGGGCUGAGGGUGGGGCUGGAGCUGGAGCCGGGCUGACUGCCGUCUGGGGGGCCUCUUCAGCACCCCCCCAGGCCGUCUGCCCCAUCCCACCGCUUCCUGAGUGGGAGGGUCUUCUGCCUGAGGGCGGAGGCCAGGUUUCUAGGCACCUAUCUGAGAGUCAGCCUCAAGCCAGGAACUGCAGGCUCUGGCUAUGGCACGAAUGGGCUGUGUGACCUUGGAGGAGCCCACUCCCCUCUCUGAGCCUCUACUCCCUGUCCGGAACCAGAGGACUGGAUCAAGGGGUUCCCACCGGCUCUUCCAGCUGGACCUCGUCUUUGCCUGUCCCGCUCAGAUGCCGGUCAUCCCAGGCACAUCCCCAAUGUGGACACUGGACUGGGAAAGGGGCAGGCCCCUUUGGGAAUGGCCAGCAGUUGGCCUCAGAACCUGGACCUUAACUUUCUGUACAUGAGCCCACAUCCUGGGAACACUUGACCUUUGCCAAACACUUUUCAGUUCUGAAGGAGGAGAUGGCGAGGGUGGCUGCACCCACGUGUGGCUCCACACCCAUGUGCCACCUCUCACCCUGCACUGGCCUCCGAGGCCACUUGCUGCUGGCUCCUAUCUCCUCCUACGUGGGCCAGGAAAAGGAGAGGUCUGCCGGGGCUCUGCAGAAGAAAGCGGGGCAAGGUGGGGGUGAACAGGGCAAACAAAGGGGAAGCGUGGGCCUCAUUGGCCUCUCCCCCGACCUCAACUGGAAUGGAGCCCUCAACAUUGCAGCCUCAGGCCUCCCCUCCCCUGGUGACUCCACCUGGGGAAAGACGUGGCUGGAGGUGAACACAGGUGCAGGAAAAGGCCAGUGUAGGGCAGCGAGGGUGUGGCCAUGGGCGGCCCUCACCCUCCUCAGUGCAGGGGUGCUUGUGGUAAGGUGGGUCUGCCACAGGCAUUGACACCGGGCACCCCUCAGAAGCCCCUGCUGCCCUCGCUUCUCAGGCACUUCCCCAGGCCCUGCUAUUUCUGCAGGAUGAUGCCCUGAGGGCCCCCCCCCCGCCCCGCACUGUCCUGAGGAGGCAGCACCGCGCCCCCGCCCCCCAGUCAGGAGAGGGUGAAAAGCAGAACAAGUAGGGAGAACAAAACGGUAGAGGGAAAGGUUGUCACCGUGUUAGAGGGGCAAGUAUUUUUGAGCUAAUCCUGCCAUAAUAUGACUGUGCCAAUGGCGGGCUGGGCAUGUCUGGGUCCCCUUUUGAAAAGCUCUCUUCUAGCUCACCCUGCCCCACCUCUCACUGGGUCUUGUUCUUGCGCACUUCACCUCAAGACCAAAACUGCUCUCCCCAGCCCCACUCCCACCCCCUCUGGAGGCCUGGAGGAGAUGGGGUCUCUCUGACUCUCCCCCCCCGCCGCCACCGUGCUGGCUGCCCCGGCCCAGCCCCACCCCAGCCCCGGCCCCGUGGCCUUGGCAUCUCAUAACUGACUUACUUUGUCUCCUGGAUGAUUUCUGGUCCUACUCCCACAUGCACUUUCAGGUGAGCCAAGGGGACUCCUCUUUGGGGAGGGGAUUGGCAGAGGGUCUGUAUAACUCAGGGUGAUGGUAGAGGCCCGGUGUGCCAUGCUGCUUAGAUAAACCCUAGCUUGGCUAUGGAAAACACCACGAGGGAAAACUUUCGGCCAACAUCCAUCCCCCACUCAGCUGAGGCCAAAGGAAGGGAGGCGUCGUGGGCAGACUGGCUCACGACUGGGGAGGAGGCUGGCCCGGGCCCCACAGUUAGGGGGUAGCUGGGCCAGCUGUGUCAGAAUACAGGGCACCCCUGCCACCCCGGUUCUCUAGGCCUGGUGUACUGGCCCACCUUCUCCUGUCACAAGUGACCUUCUCCUGGUCACUUCAGACAUUCCCUCAGGCUCGGGGAUGCCCUUCUCCCAUUUCCAGAGAACAAUCCGAUGGUGCGGGGACCAAAAGCCCAAGAUGUCUAGACAGCAGCUGGGUCGAGGUGGCUGACAGCCCCCUUUCUACUUCCUGAUUGUGAGCUGGCUUGUUUUCUGUCCAGAGCCCCCGGCCUGGGAGUGGGGUGGGGUCCUGAGAGAAGAAAGGCCAGAGGCCAGAGGCCAGAGGCAAGGUGGUUUUCCAGCCCCUGGCUUGGUGUGAGUGAGGCACCAGCGCACAUGCCUUAGCCACACCGAGGAGACUUUGCAGUGUCUUUUUAACCUUCUCAGAAAAUUUCUCAAUCUCUGAUUUAUGUAAUACUAAUGAGCUGUGGGCAAUAAAUGAUGGAUUUAAAGCC